AUUUAUAAACAACUGACGUACAAUAAUCUAACUUAAACUGAUCACUAAUCUCAAUGGUAACGUAUGUAUUGUGUGUCAAGAUGUUUGCAUAUGAAUAAAGAUAAUACAUCAAGUAGAAUCUUUCUUUUAUUAUGAAUAACUAAGAAUGAAUAGCCUUGGUUUAAGCUUGAUUUUAAAAAUGGGCUGUAUAUGCUCAAAGGAAACAAUAACGAUAAAUUCAAGAAAAUACACGGUUCGUGAACAUCUUGGAGAAGGUGGAUUUAGCACUGUACUCUUGGUAGAAGAUACAAUUACUCACAAGAAGUAUGCCAUUAAAAAGAUCAUUUGCCAUGGAUUAGAAGAUCAGAGAUUAGCAGCAAAAGAAAUAGAAUACUAUAAUCUUGUAAAACAUCCAAAUAUUAUAGAAUGUAUUGAUUCUACCUAUAAAGGAACAGCAGAUCCUAUUGCUAAUGCAACAAGUGAAGUACUGAUUGUUUUACCAUAUUAUCAUAGAGGUACCCUUGCAAAUGAAUUGGAAAGACGUGCUAAAAAUAAGGAUUACAUGAGUGCACUAGAUAUUUUAAAUAUUUUUUUACAAAUAUGCGAAGGUGUAAAAGCAUUUCACGAAACAACUCCAGAACCUCUUGCUCACAGAGAUUUAAAGACUGCGAAUAUUGUCCUUGAUGAUGGAAAUACUCCCAUUUUAAUGGAUCUAGGUUCUGUAGCUCCAGCCAGAGUUAAGAUAUGCGGUUCACAAGCAGCACAAACUUUACAGGACUUAGCAGCUGAAAGAUGUUCAAUGCCAUAUAAAGCACCAGAAUUAUUCAAUGUUGAAAGUUAUUGUAUGGUAGAUGAACGAACAGAUAUUUGGUCAUUAGGAUGCAUUCUUUAUGCAUUGUGUUAUUUUAAAUCGCCGUUUGACGCGGUAUAUGAAAGGGGAGAUAGUGUUGCUUUAGCUGUAAUGAGCGCAAAUAUUACAUUUCCAGAAGAUGCUCCAUAUACGGAGGAAAUGCAAAAUUUGAUUUUAUCAAUGUUAAAGGUAAAUCCUAUGGAACGUCCUUAUAUAUACAGUGUUAUAGAAAACGUACAAGAUUAUAUCUCGAAGUUAGAAAACAAAGUAUAAUCAUGUAAAAAGCAAUAAUUUUAAUAUUUAUUCAAACAUUUAUGUACAGGCAAUUUUUUAUACAUACAUAAUGUUUAUUGUCCUACAAAAAGAGAAAUGCAAUAUUAUAAUGCAAUAACACAAAAUGAAAGUUUUAAACAGAACAACUGGAAACAAUUGCAUUACUUCGAUAUAUCACUUCGAUAUAUUUCAUUCCUGAAAAAGAGAAGCAAGACAUUUAUGAAAUAAGAGAAUAACGUUUUCAAGCAAGCGAUUUAUAUACAUUUUAAAUAUGUAAAUAUCAUCAUUUUAAAUUUUAAAUAAUGUUCUAGAUUUAUAACACAUUUAUAUAGUAUUAUUGAAAACACAAAUACGAUAAUAUAUGUUAAUAUAUAUAAAGAAUAUUGAUAGCUAUCUAAUUAGCUACCAACUUUUAUAAGUUGACUUAAACAUGUAUUACUUUAUACACUGCUGCAAAUCAAGCAUUUGUUGUAAAAAUACUAGGGGCCAUACAUUAUUUAAAUUCAGAGAUAGGAUAUUGUUCUCAAAGCAACAAUCACGUAAUACAAAAAUGUAAUUCAUAACUGUAUAUAUUUUUAUAUAUAUAAUGCAAUGAAUUUUUUUUUCAAUUAUGCAUAUUGAAUGAAAAUUUCUUGAAAUUUGAUCAAAAUAAAAGCUAUUAUUGCUAUGUAUUUAGUGCUAUAAAUAAUUAUUAACGUCUUUGCAUUUCUUGUUGGACGUUUUCAAAAUUCACGUAACUAAGCUUAUUGUAUGCAAAACUCGGCAACAUAUUUAAUCUAAGAUUUACGUGCAGAUAGUGGUUGGAAGAAUCGUACGAUAUGACGUAUUACUGCUACGUCACGAAUACGUCAUAAUAACAAGAUAAAGUUUGAAUAUAUUUGUAUAUCAAUAAUAUUUUUCAUUAAUUUGAUGUAACCUUAUCGUAAAAUAAAAUUUGUGUUUUAUUAAUUUA